AUGCAGAUCUAUUUGUACCUGCUUUGUGAUCUGGUCCUAGCUCACUGGACGAACACCAUGGCCGUUCAUCCAGAGAUCGAUGACAGGCCCUACUUGACAGGGUAUUUCUUUUGGCUCGCAGCGGGGACUUUCUUUUGGGUGAUCUGCUGGCACUUUGGCCAGCAGUUUACUCUCCGCAUCUCAUCUCAAAUCCACGGGGACGUGCUCCAGCGCAUCCUCAAAGCACCCAUCGACCGCUUCUUCGACAAGCACCCUGUGGGCCGGAUCAUGAAUCGGAUGUCCGCAGACUUGGUGGUCGUAGACCUGUACCUGUACAUGAAGGCCACCGGGACAAUUGCCAUUGUCUACCAGACCUUGAUUCCUUUGAUCUACGUGCACACCAUCCUCCCUCUCAUGGUGACUUUCCUUGCUGUCCCCUUCUACUACCUGAUUUGGACUCUUUGCAUGAGAUACUGGAACACCACCGUGCCCCUGCGGUAUUGCAUGUCCACUGCACGGUCCGACGUGAACAGCCUGAUCUCCGAUGUGAUGAGCAACAACGUGGUGAUCCGCGCAUAUCGCGACCAGGAGCGAAUCUGCUUGGAGAUGUGUGAUGCUAUGGACAAUCAGCUGAAAGCCGGUCUCUUGGGAGACCGAGUGCUGAGGCGGUGGCUGGUGAAUCGCGUAAUCUUUCUUUGGAGUUUCUAUACCACCUCCAUGUACAUCGUUGGCCUGCUUAAUGCUGAGUCGAUCGGCGCUGGCACCCUCGGACUUUGUCUCACAAACCUUUUGCUGCUCGAAAGCCUCAUUGAGGUGAAUCUGGAGGCGGCGACUGGGGCUCAGUUUGAGUUCAUCGCCCUUUCCCGGAUCCAUGAGUACUUGAACAUCCCGCAGGAGAAGGAAAUGAGGACCGUGGGGGACAGCCGCUACCGAUCUUUCACAGCUCGGCUACCCGCAAAGGCCGUCGGUUCUCUCCGGUGGAAGGAGACGGAGAAAGGCGUGGAAGUGUCUCGGGCCGGGAAGGUGCUGCUGCAGUCAACAGCCGAUGGCUCUGCUUUGAUGCCUGCUUCCGAAUGCAUCGCAGGGAAAGGCACUACGGCCCAGUUGAAAGACCUGUGCACCGGCUGCGCCGAAUUGGAACAGGCAGAGUCCUGGCACCGCAUCGUCGUGGUUAACGAUGUUGUCCGUGAUGCCCGGAAGAUGGCGGAAGAGCUUUGCAAGCACAAGGUCACUGCUGUCAGCUUCUCCGGCGCUCAACAGGUCCUCAUUGGUGUCCAGAGCGGUUGGCUAUAUGAGGGUGCCCGGAUCAAUGUUGAGAAUCUCAAGGCUGGCUACGCGGACGCAGCGCGGGAUGUGCUGAAGGGCAUCAACCUCACUUUCGACGCCAGGUCCAAGGUAGGCAUCGUGGGCACCACUGGAUGUGGCAAGUCCAGCUUCCUCUUGGUUCUGCUGCGAGUGCUAGAGCCCCGAGCUGGCAGGGUUCUCAUCAACGGAGUGGACACUCGUGAUAUCGGAUUGGCGACGCUGCGAUCGGCCAUGGGUUUGGUUCCUCAAGAUCCGGUGAUGUUCUCCGGCACCCUCA